GAACCUUCCCCAGUGAAAGUGCGUGGGGCGAGCGAAACAUAUAAAUUAAAAACUAUCUGAAAGCAGAUAUAUAAAUUAAAGCAAGUGACAGUAAAAAACAAAAAACAGGCAGAAAUUAUGCCCAACAUUGUGGCAAUGAAGCUGAGUGGGGCGAGGAAUCCAGCCAUGGCUGGUGGGGGGGACGUGGAUGAUAGCGGGCUGCUGGUGGCCUUGGAUCAAUUGGCGCUGCAGCAACAAAUCAAUGCAAAUUUCAUUUUCCAUGCAAUUUCCAACUACAAGAAGACACCGUUCGAGCGUAAAACGUUGGACUUUAUUGCCAAAAAGUGGCUGCAGUUGCAGUUGCUGUGGCGAGAGUUCCGGCUGAGGGAUAAGCAAAUACGACGCAACGGUCACAAGGAUUCGCACUACCACGAGCAUGGCUACUUUCAGCAGGAGCUUUUCGAGUUGGUCCACGAGAAAUAUAUGGCGGCCAGGAGCUGUCUGAGUCGUGACAAAAGAAAUCUACUUGCCCUGGCCCCCGCCGCCAUAGUGUUUGCUCAGCCAACGAAAUGAAGGAGGGGUGGCGAAAAAUUGGUGGGAGUAACUGAGCCCCAGCAGAAGGAAAACCCCCAAGCAGACAAAAUAAGCAGAGCUGGAAAGAGAUAUGUACGUGUGAAAAUAAGUUUUUCUCCGUCCGGUCCGACGACAAUGGUGGACAAUGUCAACAGCUCCGUUUCGUUUCGUUUCGAUUCGAUUCGUUUCGUUUCGAUUUUCUCUGCAAUGAUGAUAUCCGUCAACAAGAAUUCCAUGCCGUUUUCCAUCAACAAUUGGCAAUCAAUCUGAAUAGCACUGGCACUGGCACUGGCACUGGCUAUGCCCCAUGAUUGAUUGCAUAUGCAGCAUGCGGCCCAAACGCUUAUCAUAAUUAUUUUGAUACAUAUAUUGCCCCACAAAAGGCGGCUGGCUCUACACGUCACUGCAGAGUCGCGUCGCUGGCCUUGCGAUACAAAGGCCUUUUUGUAUCCAAUGAAUCCAUAAAAAAAUUAAAAUUGUUUCAGACUUUUGGCUCUUUUGAUAAGAUAAUUUUCGUUGUGAUAAAUUUUUGUAUAGUCAUCAUAAAAAUUGUUACCAAUUAAAAGAGAAU